AUGGAAAGUGUGAAUUUUGCAGGAGAUAAUCCUUAACCACGUUUUGGUCACACUAUUUGUGUUAUAGCCCCUAAUAAAAUAGCAUUAUUUGGAGGUAUAAAUUAAAUAAAGAUCUUAAAGGUGCUGUUGGAGAUACUGGAAGGUAUGUAAUCACAGGAGAUGUCUAUAUUGGAGAUAUAAUUUAAAAAAAAUGGAAGAGAAUUGAAGCCAGUGGAAAUGUACCUACAAAUAGAGCAGCACAUCAAGCAUUGGCUAUUGAAUUAAACCAAAUGAUUAUAUUCGGAGGAGCAGUUGGAGGUGGUGGAUUAGCAGAUGAUAAUUUAUAUGUAUUUGAAUUAAGAGAUGAUACAGGAACUUGGGUUACGGUACCUGUGAUUGGAACAACACCAGGAAGGAGAUAUGGUCAUACUAUGGUGUUAAUAAAACCUUACUUGAUAGUUUUUGGUGGGAAUACAGGUCAAGAGCCUGUAAAUGAUGUUUGGAGUUUUAAUUUAGAGAAAUCUCCUUAUUCAUGGCAAAGAUUAGAAUGCUCUUCAGAAUAACCUGUUGUAAGAGUAUAUCAUUCUGCUGCAUUGUGUUCAACAGGUUCAGCAAAUGGAAUGAUGGUUACUUUUGGAGGUCGUACAAAUGAUCAAAGUGCUUUGAAUGAUACAUGGGGUUUAAGAAGACAUCGAGAUGGUAGAUGGGAUUGGGUCAGAGCUCCAUAUAGAUCAUAAACUGAAUAACCAGCUUAACGAUAUUAACAUUCGACCUUAUUUUUAGGAACAUUAAUGUUAGUUAUAGGAGGUAGAUCAAAUAAUGUAGGUGAGACUUUGCCUUUUGAAAUUUAUGAUACUGAAACAUCUGAUUGGUACAAAUUUUAACCAAUUCAGAGAUUUAGACACUCUUCAUGGUUGGUGGAAUAAUUUUUAUAUCUUCAUGGAGGAUUUGAUUCAGAUCAACCUAAUAUUCCAACUGAGGGAAUUUUAAAAAUUGAUUUAAGUAAGAGAUUUGCUUAAACACCUCAACUCUUAAAGUAAAUGAAUACAAUUAAAGCUGAUUAAUCAUUUACAUAAUCUUUUAAUCCUAAAACUUCUCAAACUUUAUCAUAAACCUAAGAUUAAUUUAAAAAAACAAAUUAAUCAGCAUUAGCUCAAUAAAAAAGUAAUUUUUACAUUAAGAUUAGAUUAAAAUUCAUAAUAGUAGGUUAGAGUAUCAAGUGCAAUUAAUAAAAAUAUUAGAUUGGCUAAUUAGGCAUUAGUGGCUAUGACUUAUGGUCCUGAAGAAGAUAUAACAAAUUAAGUAAAGAAAGUACCAAUAGAUAAAUUAUAAGAUGAACAUAAAAAAUUAGGGCCAGGAUUUUAGGAUCCAAAUUCUUAAAACAAAUCUCAAUUUCUAGAUUAAUUGUGUCAACCAUUCAUGUAGAAUCUAUUAAUACCUAAAGAUUAUUAAUAAAUUCCUCCAAAUUCUAAUUUAUUAACAGGAAUUAAAAAGGAAAUGAUUAUUAAAUUAUGUGAUGAAGUUUAAAGAGUUUUAGAAAAAGAACCAAACUUAUUAAGAUUAAGAAGACCAAUUAAAAUAUAUGGAAAUUUAAAUGGUCAAUAUUUAGAUUUAAUGAGAUUUUUUGAUCAUUUUAAAGCUCCAUAUGAUAAUCUAUAUAAUGGUGAUAUUGAUUCUUAAGAUUAUUUAUUUUUGGGAGAUUAUGUAGAUAGAGGAUCUAGAUCUUUAGAAAUAAUUUUACUUUUAUUUACAUUAAAAAUUAAAUAUUCAGAUCAAAUACAUUUACUUAGAGGACAUCAUGAAGAUCCUAUAGUUAAUAAAAUUUUUGGAUUUGCUGAUGAAUGUUUUAUCAAAUUUGCAGAAGAUAUCAUGGAUCCAAAUAGUAUUUACUAAAGAAUAAACAGAGUUUUUUAAUAUAUGCCAUUAGCUGCAGUUAUUGAAGACAAAAUAUUUUGUGUUCAUGGUGGGAUUGGUUAAACAAUGAGAACUUUAGAUGAGAUUGAAUUAAUUUAAAAACCUUUAGAAAUAGUUCAUGAUCCUAAGACUGUAUUUUUUAAUAUUUAUUUAAGUAUUAAUAAAAAAUAGCAUUGGAACUACUUUGGUCUGAUCCAUGUUUAUAAGAGGAAGAAUUAGAAAAUUAACCUAAUCCAGAAAGAGAUAUAUUUUAAAAUAAAUAAAUUUUCAGAUUUGGAACAAAUAGAAUUAAUAGAUUUUUAUAAGAGAAUUCCUUAAAUAUGAUAAUAAGAUCACAUGAACCAACAAUGGAAGGAUUUGAAAGGUAAAAUAAUAAUGUAAUAACUAUUUUCUCUUGUCCAGAUUAUUGUGGAAAUCAACCUUUAUGUAAAGGAUGUAAAAAUAUUAUUCAUAUUUUUAAAGCUAUAUUAACAAUUUCUAAAAGAGGAGAAAUUAUUCCAAAAGUAAUAUUACCUGCUACUCCAAUUUAAGAGUAAAGAUGGAUGGAUUUGGAAGAACCCAUUUAAAGAAAAAAAGGAUUUGCUAAGUACUUAGUUAUUGACAACAAUGAAGCUUUCUUAAGAAAACGUCCAUCUACUCCUCCUAGAUAGAAAAGACCUUUUUCUUAAAAAUAAUUCAAAUGA